CUAGAAUAACGGUUGAAAAAAAGCGUCCCGAGUUUCAGUGGCGGCGCGGCGGGUGUUUGAAGCUCGAGGCCGCUUAUAGUCUGACUGUUAUCGGUGUUAGCAUCCAGUCAGCGUCUCUCGGGUAAUGAAGCGCAUUAUUGUUCCUCUGUGUUGUGUUCGCGUCGCGGUUAUCUUUAGCACAGACCCUUUCAGCCCGUGAGUUGAGGUGACCACAGGAAUGACCACUUCACAAAAAUACCACAACCCCAAACUUGCAGUAGGACACUCUGACACGGAAUGGCUGACACCUGCUGUGUCUGAGAAGUUCCAGAGUCGCUUUGGAUGGCGGCCCAACACGCUGGACGGUGGGGACACGGGCCUGGGUAACUCUGACCACACUGAAGAUAUCUGCAGCACUAGCAGCAGUCCAUCUUUCCAGCCCAUCCGCAGUCAGAUUCCCAUUCCCACCGCUCAUGUCAUGCCCUCUACGGCUGGAACUCUGGCCUCCAAGCUCAAGCCGCGUGCUUCUGAAGAGGCCCGGGGGUCCUCCAGCUCUUCCAGUUCCAAGUCGUCCCUCCCCAAAUCUGCAUCCUCCCCCAACCUGGACGCUCAGCAUGAUGGAAAUUUAGACACGACUUCGGUCAAGCCUGAUUGCCUGAGCCGAUACCGAAGCCUGGUUAAUGGCCUCGAUCACUCGCUCUUUCCCUCUGGCGAUCAGACGCGGCUGGAUGAAGCCCAGAAGUUUGAGGUACCUACCAUGGAGCCAACGCUUAAUCAGUCGGCUCUGCUCGGGGGACUUUGCCAUGAUGUACGGCAACAGCUGCAAAUGACCGGGCUUGGGGACAAUACAGGCUUGCUGGAACAGACAUAUAAAGUCCUACCAGAGGCUAGGGCAGGUCUUACCUGUCCCGUAGACCCAUACGGCCAGAGAAACGUUCAUCCAGGGUCUGGAGCCUCUGCCAGGAUGUUUUCCGUACCUCAGGGCCUGCAGACUCAGGCUCUCCUGAGAGACCAGACAUGCUCUGGAGGUUAUGAUCCACUGCCGCAGGAACGCUGUGGUGAGCUGGCCAGCUGGCAGCAGCAGAAGCAGAAACUCGAGAGUCUGCGGCUACAGGUGGAGCAAAUGCAGUUAAUGACAGGAGGAAGUGGACAGUAUUCAUCUCUUUAUCCAACAGCCUCUCACAUCGAGAGCAGCAAGUGGGAUGCUGUCAUUAAAGCCAAUGAAAACUUGCUAAAAGAGAAAGAACUUACCAUUGAAAGGCAGAAGCAGCAAAUGUCUCAGCUGGAACAGCGUCUCAGAGAGAGUGAGUUGCAGGUGCACAGUGCGCUCAUGGGACGUGGAGCCCCUUACACUGAUGUGUGUCUGUUGAGGCUGCAGGAAGCUCAGCGGGAAAAUGCUUUUUUGCGAGCCCAGUUCGCCGAACGUAACGACUGCUUUACCAAGGAGAAGCUAGAAGCGGACCGGAGGCUGGGUGCAGUGGAAGCAGAGACGCAACGUCUGAACGAGGUCUUGAAAGAGAGCAGUGAAAAACAUGCAGAAGAGCUAAAGAAACAAGAGGAAAGGAUCCGAAGUCGAGACAAGCAUAUCAGCAGCUUGAAGAAGAAGUGUCAGAAGGAGUCGGAGCAGAACAGAGAAAAACAGCAGCGAAUUGAGACGCUCGAACGAUAUCUGGCUGACCUUCCCACCAUGGAGGACUACCAGGCCCAGCACAAAAAGCUGGAGGAGGCAGAGGAAAGAACAGCUUUGUUGCAGGCCACCAUCAGAGAUCUGGAAGCCAAUUUGGAGGAGGCCCGCAGUGCUGUGCGCAACAAAGAGACCCAACUGGAAGAACAGAGACACAGGGAGAGAGAACUGCUCACAACAGUCACCAGUCUCCAGAACAGAGUGCAGGAGAGCCUUGAGGAUGGAGUGAGAUUGCCUUCUCUCGACGUAGAGAAACUACGAGAAGAAAACACUACCAUGAAAGAGGAGCACCAGCGACUAAAAAAGGUCAUUGAAAAGCAACUCAGGAUAAUGGAGCAGCUCGGCUCACAGAUCAGGACUCUAGAGGAGCAGCUGUCUCAGGAGGAGUGUAGUAGCCAGGCCCUGCGAGAGGAAGUGGCAGAGAAAGAGGAGAGUCUGCUGCAGUUACACAUUGCUAUGAAAGAGCUCUCAGCACAGAACCAGGAGCUGAUGGAACAUAAUCUGACACUGCAAGAGCGUCUUCAGGGCGAGGAAGCGCCAAGCGGCCAUAGUUUGCUCCCUAUGGGAGCCCGGCUCACCCAGAAGCUGUAUGGAGAGAUGGCCGCCUGUCUGUGUGAUCUCCGAUCGCUCUGCAACGUCCUCACCCAGCGGGCACAGGGCCAUGACCCAAACCUUUCCAUGCUGCUCGGCAUUGCUUCUGCUCCCCCUCCAGUAGGAGAGCAGUGGGAGGACUGGCUGAGCCCUGAAGGGUUGCAGAAGAAGCUGCAGGAAGCUCAGCAGCUCCGUCGAGACGUCGAGGAACUGAGAACCACAGUCUCUGACCGCUACGCUCAGGAUAUGGGAGAAAACUGCAUCACUCAGUGACCUCAGACGGUGCGGCUUGUGCUCAGUGAGGGUAACUCCACAUCACCAGUGCCUUUGAAGACACUACAAUCUCUAGCAACACAAACCUUCUUCAUGAAGGAUUAGCGACACUAAGGACACUGUAAUCUCGCAAUCCAGAGGGCUAUUUUUAUACAUAAGAUAUUUUUCUAAGGUUUCAGUGACUUUGUAUGCAGUGGAAAGAUAAUGGUUUAAUAUAAAUCUUUCCAUGUAUUUGGGAACGUCUGUGAUGAAGUUGAUAAUCAACUGAAAAUAUUUAAGCUUUUGUUGAAACUAACAUGCUUUGUGUUUCUUACAAUGGCAAAGCGAGCGACGCUCUGUUGUGUGUAAAAAGAAGAUAUUCACUGGUAUCCAUCAUAAGCAUGCCACAUUAAACACAGAAUCUAGGACCGAGGAAAUAAUUGGCCAACUCUGGCUGUUUAAAAAUGACACCAGCUGAUCAUCUGUGUAUAAAGUUGGAGAAUAUACAUUCCCUAAUAUUAUAUAACAACCGUAAUUCAGCGUGAUCACAGAUAGACCUAUCAGAACAGCUUCCGUAAUUCGUUAAAGAGUCUUGGUGUACGCUGUAUUAUGCAGACCAAUAAAUGGGGACUUUUUAAAGCAAGAGAGGGCUGUAAACAUAAUAUUAAAUUCUGUUAAAUAAAAAAAUUAAUAGAAUGCUGUUUGAGUUUAGGAUCUCUUAAUUGCAGACUAACGGUGAUCAUAUCAGUAUUUUCAAAGGCAUCUUGAGAAUCUUACGACAUUAUAAGGUUCUUUCUUGCUGCAAAAUUAACACACUAAAAAUUGUAUUCUUUUUGGGUCACACAAUUGAACUGGUGAUGUUUGCUUGUGUUUGAGUGUUGGGAGUAUUGAGGGGCAGGAUUGUCUUAGCAGUAUAUGAUGUACUCGUAUCCAUGACGUAUUUGCUGUCUGGUUCAUAAUUUGUUUUUUAUCAGCUAUAAAAAUAGCCACGCCACUGAAUCAACACAUCAGAGGAAACCAACUGGUGAAGCAAAUAUUGUAUUAGUGCAUAUCAAACAUUAGAGCAGGUGCCUUGCGUUCAGGGAAGUAUAUUUGCCUCACAACAUGUCAAUGUAAACACUAAUUGUCUUUCUCUACUGUAAUGUUUGACUGUUGAGACAUUGGGAUUCUAUCAGAAAAAGGGACCAUAUAUUGUGGGGAGUGUUUUAUUGGUAAAUUGAGAUAUUAUGGUCCAGAAACAUCACUAACAAGUGUGAAUGUAAUUUGACAAUGCAGCAAAUCCCCUUUUUAUAUAUAUAAUGUAACAUCUCAUUUAUGUUUAACAGAAAACAGCCAGGCAAACCUUACGCCAAAAACCUUCUAACAACACUAAAUGUUCAUUAUAUAUAAAUUUGUCUUAAGCUGUUUCAGUUUUUAGAAAUAAAGCUUUGUAUUUCAUAUGUAAA